AAGGAUUCAGAUCGGAACUAUUUCCAGUGUGCUGGAGAGCUUCCAGAAACAGAAAAUAUCGUAUGCUGACCAUCAUUGUUGGCUGUAAGGAAUAUCAAGCUGACAGAAAAGCAUGACGGGUGCUUUAAAGGUUUUCCUCCUUCUACUUCAAGGUAGCUUAUGCUUCAGGUGGGAAAUCACCAUGCCUCGGAGAAUAGAGGGACUAACUGGAUCCUGUGUGAAGGUCCCCUGCACUUUCGACGUCGACUCGCAGUUUGAUGUAGAUCUGGAUGAUUCCUGCAAAGCAAUUUGGAUCAGAGGAAGCCCGUUCGGAACAGUUGUGUUUGAUUCCAGCCUCACUGGAGCUCAGGCAAGCGGAAACAUUCUGCAAGGAAACCUCACAGGGAACCUGCAGAACAAGGAGUGCACCACCAUCUUCUACAACAUGCCACCGUCCCAUUCUGACUACAACUACUACUUCAGGAUUCAGUGUGAUAACAGGCUGAAGGUCACCUUUCCAACAGGAGUCCGUAUCACCACUCAAAAUGCACUGGACCAACCUACCAUAACUCCAUCUACGCUGGAGGUAGAAGAGGGGGCUCUGGUGACGUUGAGCUGCACGGCUGUAGCUCCGUGUCCCAUCCUUCCCCCAGAUCUGACUUGGACCCCCAGGAUAGGUGACAUUGAGGAGAAACAUGAAUCUGAAUCCAUGGUCUCUGUUAUGAACUUCACCUCUUCUUACCUCCACAAUGGACAGCAUUUUUCGUGCACCGCUCUCUACAAACGACAAGCUGGCAACACCGACCGUCGGUUUGAAAAGUUUAUGACCCUCCAUGUUCUUUAUCCUCCAACGAACACAUCAGUCAGCUACUCUGCUACAGUAAAAGAGGGCAGCUUGGUGAAUCUGACCUGCAACGGCAAUGCCAAUCCAGCUAUGUACACUUGGUACAAAGUGAAUGGAGGUCAUGUGACCGAUGUGGGUUCGGAGAAAAUGUUUUCAACCACUGUGUCAGAAGUUGACAGACAAUUUUACUGUAAAGUCAGUAACAGAUACGGAACCGAGAACUCAUCCAUCACUCAGAUAGACGUACAAUUUCCUCCCAAGGAAACUACAAUAAUCAUUGAGCCUAAAGGUCCACUUUUGGAGGGCAGCUCUGUUUCUCUGCUUUGUAAAAGCCGGGCCAACCCACCUGUGACCAACUACACCUGGUACAAAGGUGAUGAAGAGGAAAAGGAUGUUGGAUCAAUCUUGAUUUUAAACAAUGUCAAACCAAGCAAUAGUGGUGACUACUACUGUAUAGCAAAAAAUGAGCAUGGGGACCAAAAUUCAACACUGAUUCGGCUGGACAUUCAGUCUACUAAUAUUGCUAAAGGUGGAAAAGUGACUCAGUCCUCCGUGGCGUGGAAUGGUGUCCCCGAAAGAGCCAUUGAUGGAAAUGAUGCUAGCAUAUAUGGAAAGGGAUCCUGUACACACACAUCACUACAAAACAAACCCUGGUGGAGACUGGACCUCCUAAAGAGAUAUAAAAUCAACACUGUCACCAUCACCAACAGAGGAGACUGUUGCCAUGAAAGGAUCAAUGAUGCUGAGAUCCACAUUGGAAAUUCCCUCAAUGACAAUGGCAACGCUAAUCCCAGAUGUGCUGUUAUCUCGUCUAUCGCAGCUGGGACCUCAAAAACAUUUGCUUGCAAUGGAAUGGAAGGCCAGUAUGUAAACAUUGUGAUUCCUGGAAGAAAAGGAUACCUGACACUGUGUGAGGUGGAAGUCACUGGUCAACCUUCUGGAAACACUGCUACUAAUAUUGCCAAAGGUGGAAAAGUGACUCAGUCCUCCGUGGGGUGGAAUGGUGUCCCCGAAAGAGCCAUUGAUGGAAAUGAUGCUAGCAUAUAUGGAAAGGGAUCCUGUACACACACAUCACUACAAAACAAACCCUGGUGGAGACUGGACCUCCUAAAGAGAUAUACAAUCAACACUGUCACCAUCACCAACAGAGGAGACUGUUGCCAUGAAAGGAUCAAUGGUGCUGAGAUCCACGUUGGAAAUUCCCUCAAUGACAAUGGCAACGCUAAUCCCAGAUGUGCUGUUAUCUCAUCUAUCGCAGCUGGGAGCUCAACAACAUUUGUUUGCGAUGGAAUGGAAGGCCAGUAUGUAAACAUUGUGAUUCCUGGAAGAAAAGGAUACCUGACACUGUGUGAGGUGGAAGUUACCGGGACAGAAUCAGAUGCAGAUGAUCCCAUUGAAUAUGCCUGCGACUGAAUCUGAAAUACUUCUUCAUGCUCAUGUCCACUUAAUUUUAAAGCUAAUCAAACAUGUUUCUGCUUCUUUUCCUUCACUACAACAUUUAAAGGUAUGCUAAAUUAAUAUUAAUAUUGUUUAUCUAAUUUUAGGUGACCUUAGUGAUAAAGAAUCACACACACACUCACAUACUAAAGUUAUUCAGAAAAAAAUAAUUGUGUAUCUGUUAGGCAAAGGAUUUAUUUAGAUAUAGACUAGUCUAGAUGAAGGUACGGAAACACACCGUGACAAAUGGACAUAGUGGUUUUUAAUUGUAAUCUAUACAAUGUUUUAAAAGCAAACUAAGAAAAAAACAAAUGUGUUCCCCUUAACUCAACAAUUAGAAUGUGCAAUCUUUAAAAUAAAAUGUUAAGGAAAUGUAACACCCUGGGUGACUGGUAAUGAAAUGGUGGUUACUGGUGAUGGUGUUAGUUAUAUUUAACAUGUUAACCUCAAUACAUAUUGUGUACAUGGUGAUGGUUUCAGCUUGUGGUCCUGUUUGUUUCCAAGAGAAAAGCCUUUAGCUCUAAUGUCUACCUGGUCUAAGAAUCUGGUUUUGUGUGGUUUCUAAUUUUUCAUUGGUUUGUUUCAUUGGUUUGAUUCACUGUGUACUCCAAUUGCAAAACAACAAAUAAAUGUUUCUUUUGAACUCCA